AUGCCAGCCACCGAGUUUCGCAAACAGACCGUGUCGCCUGCUCCUGGCUCUGACAGCGAGCUCAUGAGCAGCGACGGUCAAGAACAUCCCAAACCCAUCUCGCUCCUCAGCUCGAUGAUGGCGGGGCAGACGUCCCCGAGGCCCAAGCCGCCUUUGAGCGGUUACACGUCUGGUCCAUCCGCCCCCUCUACCGCACCGUCAACAGCCGUCUCAAGUCCACGGCCCCAGGAGGAGCCAAUCUCAAUUCUCCGGCGAAGCAGUGUCGGAUCGGACGGUGAACCCUUCUUCCUUCCCAUGGCCCGUGUGCUACCCGCGUCACCUGAGAAGCAAGAAAUCCCGAAACAACCGCGUCCCAGUGCACUCAAGUUCGCGGUAACAAGCCGCCCGUCCGAGUUUGAGCGCCAGCCUGUGACAGUGGUGCCGCAACAAGAUGAUCACGAGGACGACCACGGCACGGUCACAGACAAGGGUUACGAGGAAGACUCGGAGGACGGGUUCACUUCAGACGACGAGCCUUCCUUUAUGGUCCAGGCUCACCACAAGAUGGUAAUGGCGCGUGCUCGCGAGGCGCAACUGGCAGCGGCGCGACCUUCCUCGACGACUCCCCCACUUCGCCCCACUGCUCCUCCACCGCGACGUGGACGUGGCCACGUUCGCGUGGACCCGGCUGUCGGCGAUGACACUGGUCGCUGCAGCCGCCACUACAGCCCACCACCGGGCUCUCGCCCACACUUCGCCCCCCCAGGCGGUCCGCGCAACGGCCGCGCCGGCAGCCCUGUUCCGGAACCCAUGGACAUCGAUGACGAAGAGGAUGAUGAUGAUGAUGGCGACGAUGACGAGGAGAACGACGGGGACGGGGAUGCGGCGUUCAAGACCGACUCUCGCGAGGACAUUGCAGCCACGAGCACCAGCUCCAGCCCUAGGCCGGCUGCCGAGCAAUCAACUGGACCAGCUUCCUCGAUCGGCACGGGCGUGCGUAACAUGCUGCGGCGCGCGUCGGAGCACCUCCCGUCGUUCCGGAGACCGUCGUUUACGGCGCACAUUCCCGAGGAGUCGGUUGCGCUCGACGAUGACAAUGUCUCCGUUGACAGCGGGCGCGUACUGCUGUCAAGGGCACGUUCGUUGGGUGCGAGAUCGAAGCCGGUCGCAGUGACCCUGUCGCAGGACAAUGUCACUGCCAUUCCCAGUCGCCCGAUUGCCUGCCCAGCUAGCCCUCGCUCCACGCAGCGCAUAUGA